AUAAGACUUAAAUUCUUGAUAUUAUUAAUUAUUGUAGUUCUUACAACUUUGCAAGCAUAGAUCUAUUAUAAUUUAUAGGUCUAUGCGUACAACUUAAUACUACUUUAUACUUGAUAGUCUUAUUAUAAAUAUUAUAACUAUUGUACAAUUUUUUUUUCUUUGAAUAUAUAAAGCUCGAAUACAUUUUUUAUGUAUUUAUGUUCAAUAAAUUAAUAUAAACUUGGUUGUUUUUAAACUAACAAAAUGCCUCCUAAGCCGAAAGCUCAGGGAACUAGUAAAAAAGCCGAUGCUAAGAAAAAAGAAAGAGUUAUUGAAGAUAAAACUUUUGGCCUAAAAAAUAAAAAAGGAGCCAAACAACAAAGAUUUAUUCAACAAGUUGAGAAACAAGUUAAAUCUGGUGGAUUAGUGCGUAAAGCAGAUGACAAGAAAAAAGAUGAUAAGACUAAAGAUGAAUUGGGGCUGAUAUUUAAACCAGUUCAAAAAGUUGAAAAAGGUGCCGAUCCAAAAUCCGUACUAUGUGCAUUUUUCAAACAAGGUCAAUGUGCUAAAGGAUCAAAAUGUAAAUUUUCUCAUGAUUUGGCUACCGAAAAGAAAGCUGAAAAAAGAAGUAUGUAUGUGGAUCUGCGAGAUGGUGAAGAAAAUGAUACUAUGGAAAACUGGGAUGAAGACAAACUUAAAGAAGUAGUAGACAAAAAACACGGAGAAACUGAUAAAAAACAUCCAUCUACUGAUAUUAUUUGCAUGUUUUUUUUGGAAGCGGUUGAAAAAAGUAAAUAUGGAUGGUUCUGGUCAUGUCCAAAUGGUACCUCUUGUAUUUAUAGACAUGCAUUGCCUCCAGGAUUUGUUCUUAAAAAGGACAAGAAAAAAGAUGACAAAAAGGAUGAAAUUCAAUUAGAAGAUUUAAUAGAAAGAGAAAGAGCUGCAUUGAAUUCUGUUAAAUUUACUAGAGUGACUUUAGAAAGCUUUUUAGCUUGGAAAAAACGUAAAGUUAGAGAAAAGAAAGAUGCGAUAAUUAAAGAUGAAGAAAAGAAACGAACAGACUAUAAAGCUGGAAGACAAAUUGGGCUUUCUGGUCGUGAAAUGUUCUCGUUCAAUCCUGAGAUGGCAAUUGGUGAUUCAAUGGAUGAUGGAGAAGAAGCAUUUGAUGCUUAUAUACGUGAUGAAGAUGAAGACGUUGAUGGAAAUGUAAAAGUUAGAGAAAUUCAAUUAGAAACGUUAGAAUUGGAAGCAAGUGAAGUAGAUGAUACUGGUACCCGGUUACCCCAGGAUCGAUUUAAUGAUUGUGAUUUAGCUACGAUCCCAAUCAAUGAAAACCUUUUUGUGGAUGAAGAUCUGGAUGAUCUGGAUGAUGACUUAGAUGAAUUAAAUAUAGAUGAUGAUGAUUCUACAAAUUAGAUUUAAUAAAAAAAAAAAACUGCUUCAACAAAUAAUUAUUUUUAAUAAUAACUUAAAUUUCUUCAUCUUGUUAUUGAAUAUAAUUAAAAAAAAAAAAAAGAGUA